AUGUGGGACUUCUGCUUGCGUGCGUGGAUGCAAGCGGAGCCUUUGCCGCGGGGUGCUGUAAAGGGGAAGACCGACCAGAGCAAGCCAGGUUUGGUCCGCCUAAGGGCGGCAGCUGUACUGGAGCAGAGCUUGCAAGGCGUCCAGCUGGGCAGCCAGCCGACCGCCGCACAGGUCAGCACUUUGAGCGGCCUGGUGAAGCGGAAGGAGUACCCUAUCAUCGUGGAGGAUGGUAGCCCUUACAGGCCACUGGCCGAUGCCAUCAACCUCCGCCUGGCGCACGUGCUGGCCUUGCUCGCGGCCGGGCGCGGCCCGAGCGACGCGGCACCCAAGCACCUCGAGAGGUUGGCGUGGGCGGCGCUGGAGGUGGUGGAGGACUUGGCCCUCGCCCGCGCGCGCACCGCGGCGCAGGGCGCUGCGUCCGGCGCGUUGCCGGGCGAAGACGUGGCCGCCGCAGCGGCGGCCGCGCUGCGGCACCAGGAGUCGGCGAUGGAACCGACAGAGGUGAAACCCUUCUCACCAACUGCUGGCUUGUGCCACGCGCUGCGGGUACUAGACCUUCUUUGGUGCUGUGCUGGGACUGCAGACGACACUUUCAUCGGGCACCUGGCAGGUGUGACUGGAGCCUUAGCAAAUGGCACAGGGGUUCCGGACAAGGAGCUUUGCCCCACAGCAGCCUCUUUACUUUCAGUGCCGCUGACUGCGUCCUUGCUGGGCCUCCAGCCGCUGCCGCCACCCGGGCUCCCAGUCCCUUCAGACCACGCCACCAGUUCUGCGCUGCAGAGGGUGGAGAACCUCGAUCGGAUGGCUGAAGCUUGGGUCACUUCAUGGCCAAAGAUGCUGUGGUAUUUGGGCUCUUCAUACCCCGAGUUUUCAUCGUUUCUGAUGUCUAUGAUCUUGCAGCUGGCCAAGAGGGCAAGGCCGCACAGCCUGUGUGCGAAUCUCUUGGCCGCCGUGUUGCCGCUGCUUGUCCCGUUCAUCGCUGGUGCCAGAGAGUCGGCGCCUCCACUGGCAAGGUUGCCGCUGGCGCAGCCCUUGGCGGCUGCCAUGGUUUUUCAUUUUCCGCGCCUGAGCAUGCGCCUCAUCCAGGCCAUCACUUCAGCGCUAGGCCGUUGGUCUUCAGCACGGCGCACCGAGGGCGACGCUCUCAGCGACGACUGCUGUCAGCUCCUGCUGGAGGCCAUUCUGGAGGAUCAUGGCCGCCCCAUAGACGCAGGCGAGCUCCUGGUGCCCAGAUUACAAGCGGCCCUCGCCCUGCUGCAGAUGCCCACUGAGAGUCCUCAAGGCGAAGUGUCUGCGGUCAAGCUGGCCAACGUGGUGGCGGCGUGGCUGAUGGAGACAGUGAGCACCUCGACCGGCUUUCAGGACAUGGAUCAUCCAGUGAAGGACCAUGGCCCGGCAGACCGGAGGCACUUGACCUUUCAAAGCCUGGUGUGGCCACUGUGCCAGCAGGUGUGCCAAGCCGGGCUGCCUUCGCGUGCAUUAUGCUUCUUCUACCUUUGCGCCCGAAGGCUUUCAAGCUCCAGAACCCAGGUGCUUCGUGAUGACUUUUGGCGCGAGGUCUUUCAAGUCUUUGUUCUGAAGCACUCGGCUCUAGCACCCUCGUCACUCCCAAGCAGCUGGCACGUUUUGCAGCCAUUCUCCGGAGAAGACGAGAAAGAAGCGCGCCACUUCCCAGCGCUGUUGGUGGCCGCCUGGAUGCACGCUGCGCCGUUUGGCGCGGAGAGUGCCUCCUACGAGCUUUUGGUGACUCUUUGCGCGCAAGAGUUGCAGCAACCUGAGGGUCUCCAUGCCCCAUGUGCCUGGAUCCUGGUCGAAGCCGCAGCGUACCGCAACGCCCGGACGCUGCAGCGUUCUGAUGCGCCACUGCUGCAGCUGCGCGCGGAGCUCCAAGAGCUGCUGAAUGAGCAGAAGGGCCAGAGAUGCCCCAUCUUGGAGCACCUCUCGGCAGCUUUGCCUUUGCUUUGA